AAUCGAUCUAUCAAUCAAUCAAACUUUUCAGGGCUGGUAAUUUUCCUCUGUUUUGCUGUGAAUAUUCCAAUUUAUUUUGAAUUUACUGUGGAGAAAUGUUUCGAUGCAGAACACGGAGUUGAAGCAUCUUGUCCAGCACCUACUGUAUUCAGAAAUUCGUUUACUCGAUACAAAGCGAUUCUGAUGACAUUGACGCAAACAAUUGGUCCAGUAUCUACUAUCCUUAUACUUAGCGUAUUGACUGAAUAUCGUGUACAUAGAAGUUUGAAGAAACGGCGAAAGCUCUUCGAAAGUCAAAAGCGUAGUCGAUCCAUAGUGCUCACAGAAGAGUCGAAAGAGAAAGUCUCACGCACAGUUGCCAUAUUUAUCGCUGUAAAAUUCCUCAUUUUCAGGUCAAUGCCUGUAUUUUUCGAUGUUUAUGAAAAUCUCUAUGGAAUCGAAUCUUUUGGUGUUGCACUUUCAAUUCUCGUUAGAAUCUCCGAUUUUAUGAUUGUGCUCAAUUCAGCGACGAAUUCAUUAGCGUACUUUGGCAAAAAGAGGUGAGU